CUCAGGACAGGAGAGCAGGGCUCGCAGACCCCCAGUAUCAGCUGUGUGUGACCGGCCAUAGCCCCCCAAUCUUACAGCUCUCUGUCCGCGUACACCCCACCUCCCCGGCCGCACUCCAUCGGCCUCUGGCCCCCAUCUGCUCGGCUCUCCGUGGUGCUGAAAGCUGGGGCCGCCCCGGGGAGGAGGAAUCCGGCCCAAGCCGGGGGCUGGGGGUCUGCAGCAAGCGGGGAGAUCUGUCGAGAAAUCCGGAGGGCCCGCAGGAGAGCACCGAGGCUGCUUGAGGAGCACAGGCCACAGCAGCUCCAUGUAAACAUAUAGAAACCCCCCAAUCCAAGAGAACACCCCGGCUUUUCCACUAGACUUUAACAAAGAACCCUAAAUCUACUGCCACCCCACCUCUAUGAGGCAUUAAAUUAAAGGGUCUCCAGCACUGACAGGAGUAGCACUUUUUUUUUUUUUAAAGCCAAAACCCUACGAAGAGACCCUCACAUUAAAAGGUGCAGCUCUGCUUGAGACCCCCAGGUCCAGUGAACACCACCUGCUUGCAAGCAAGGGAUCCUCAUAUUUAGAGGAACAUCUCUGCUGAGACUAUAAGCUCCCCUGAGCACCCAUUCCUGCAAGAAAGAGACCCUCAAUUAAACAGAAAAGACCACAGAUAUUCAAGAUAACACAGGACAGACCGUGAGAUAUACAAGUUUUCUGGAUUCCCAUCUCAAAAAGACCCCCAUCGGCUUCACAUCUGCUGGAGACUCAGAGCAGAAGAAGCACAUAUAUAUCUAUGAGCCCCCUAUAAUGUUAGAAAAUCACUAAUCCCAAAAUAUCAGGUGGGAAACCCCCUCAUGAAUACAACUUCUAGAUUACUAUCUCCAUGAGACCACCACAUCAUCCUGCAUUCUGUACACUGACAUAUCAGAUAUCUCUCCCCACCACAUGCCUCUUAUUUACAGGGACUUUUAAAUCUUACAGGGGUAAAAGAACACUCAGUUGGAGAGGUCAGAGAUGCUUAACCACUGAGACCCCAAAAUCUAGGUCUCUACUGUUUCUUUACUGAACACCCUAAAAUCAUCACUUUUUUUUAAGUCAAAACCUGACCCAAUCUGGCUAACUCACCUCUUCCAUACUACUCCUGCUACCUCUUGGAAUUUGUAUUAACUGUAGUAUGUGAUAUAGGAUAUUAACCCAUCCAAGGAAUAUACCAAUUCAGGUUCAUCUUAACAAGGACCACUGACCUUCACCAGCUCCUGAGUUCAAGAAUUUUAACAUGCCAAUCGAGAAAAACACUAUGAUUCCGGCCUAGAAACGGCAUUGACCUUUGAAUUUAGCCCAACUUUGAGAGAAUGCUGGGAUUCUGCAGAGGGAGAAGAAAGUUCCUGGCAGCCUCUCUUACUCUCUUAUUUGUUCCAGCAGUCACCUGGAUUUACCUGUUCACUGGAAAUUUUGAUGAUGGAAAGUCUGUCUCCUUGUCACCACUGGACUCUCAGCCUCACAGCCCUCGCUACUCCGCCUCCAGCCAGCGAGAGAGCCUGGAGGUGCGCGUGCGAGAAGUGGAGGAAGAAAACCGAGUCCUUCGUAAGCAACUCAGCCUGGUGCAGAGUCGUCGACCCUCCCACCGCCAUGGUAACCGCUCCAAAACCUACUCAAUGGAGGAAGGAACAGGUGACAGCGAAAGCCUGCGGGCAGGAAUUGUGGCCGGUAACAGCUCAGAAUGCGGCCAGCAGCCAGCUGUGGAGAAAUGCGAGACAAUCCAUGUUGCCAUUGUGUGUGCCGGUUACAACGCAAGCCGGGAUGUUGUCACUCUGGUGAAAUCGGUCUUGUUUCACAGGAGAAAUCCACUUCACUUCCACCUGAUUGCAGAUACCAUUGCUAAACAAAUCUUGGCUACUCUGUUUCAAACAUGGAUGGUUCCUGCUGUGCGUGUGGAUUUCUAUGAUGCCGAUGAACUGAAGUCAGAAGUAUCAUGGAUUCCAAAUAAGCACUAUUCCGGUAUAUAUGGACUGAUGAAGCUGGUGCUAACGAAGACCCUCCCUGCUAGCUUGGAACGUGUCAUUGUUCUGGAUACUGACAUUACCUUUGCCACCGACAUAGCAGAGCUAUGGGCUGUGUUCCAUAAGUUUAAAGGACAACAGGUUCUUGGCUUGGUGGAAAAUCAAAGUGAUUGGUAUCUAGGGAAUUUGUGGAAAAAUCAUCGUCCAUGGCCAGCUCUGGGACGAGGGUACAACACAGGAGUGAUCCUGCUUCUUCUCGACAAGCUCCGAAAGAUGAAAUGGGAGCAGAUGUGGCGUCUAACAGCUGAGCGGGAACUUAUGAGCAUGCUCUCUACCUCGCUGGCCGACCAGGAUAUCUUCAAUGCUGUCAUCAAGCAGAACCCUUUCCUGGUGCACCAGCUUCCCUGUUUCUGGAACGUGCAGCUUUCUGAUCACACCCGCUCCGAACAAUGUUACCGAGACGUCUCUGAUCUUAAGGUUAUACACUGGAAUUCCCCCAAAAAACUGCGCGUUAAAAACAAACAUGUAGAGUUUUUCAGAAAUCUCUACUUAACGUUCUUGGAGUAUGAUGGGAAUCUUCUGAGACGGGAACUCUUUGGUUGUCCCAGUGAAGCGGACAUUAACAGCGAAAAUCUCCAGAAGCAGCUCUCUGAGUUGGAUGAGGACGAUUUGUGCUAUGAGUUUAGACGGGAGAGGUUUACAGUUCAUCGAACACACCUCUAUUUCCUACAUUAUGAGUAUGAACCGGCAACCGAUGAUACCGAUGUUACCUUGGUGGCCCAGCUAUCUAUGGACAGGCUCCAGAUGCUUGAAGCCAUCUGCAAACACUGGGAGGGACCCAUUAGCUUGGCUCUCUAUCUCUCAGAUGCUGAAGCCCAGCAGUUUCUGCGUUAUGCCCAGGGUUCGGAGGUGUUGAUGAACCGACGUAAUGUGGGCUAUCACAUUGUGUACAAGGAGGGUCAAUUCUAUCCAGUGAACUUGCUGCGUAAUGUGGCUAUGAAGCAUGUCAGCACACCAUACAUGUUUCUAUCUGAUAUAGACUUCCUACCAAUGUACGGACUCUACGACAGUCUCAGGAAGUCAGUUAUUCAGUUGGACCUCAGUAACACCAAAAAGGCAUUAAUCAUUCCAGCCUUUGAGACUUUGCGGUAUCGACUUUCCUUCCCCAAAUCUAAAGCAGAACUGCUAUCUAUGCUGGACAUGGGAACUCUUUUCACCUUCAGGUAUCAUGUGUGGACCAAGGGACAUGCACCUACAAAUUUUGCUAAAUGGCGCACAGCAACUACCCCCUAUCGAGUAGAGUGGGAAGCAGAUUUUGAACCAUAUGUGGUGGUCAGAAGGGACUGUCCAGCGUACGAUCGGAGGUUCGUUGGAUUUGGCUGGAAUAAAGUUGCACAUAUUAUGGAACUGGAUGCACAGGAAUAUGAAUUCACUGUACUACCCAACGCCUACAUGAUCCACAUGCCGCACGCCCCAAGCUUUGACAUCACCAAGUUCCGCUCCAACAAGCAAUAUCGAAUCUGCUUGAAGACACUGAAAGAGGAAUUCCAGCAAGACAUGUCCCGAAGAUAUGGUUUCACUGCACUUAAAUACCUCACUGCUGAGAACAACAGCUAAUAACAGGGGGGGAAGAGGGGAUCAGCAGAGCAUAAUUCAGGCUCUUGAGGAUUGUGGAAAAGACACCACUAAUUAUUAGUCAGCUGGACUGGUGGCUGCUGAUAUGGGUUCCUCCAUUAUCAGCUAAAGUUUGCAAAAUACUUUGAGUUAUGUCCCUUCUCCCCCAGUGCAGUGGCUGGUGUAGAGAUCACAUGGCCUUGAGCCCAGAUAAAGGCAAGGUUUCAUAGGUUUAUUCCUGCUUUACUUGGCUUAUUUAAAGGAGGUCCAGACAUCAUCAACAGCUUGUGGGCCUUGGUUUUACUUCUCAUGAGACUCUAUCGGUAACAGGUCAGCCAUCUUACUCCUGUUGCAGUCCCCCUUUUCAGUAGGAAAUAAAAUACAUCUAUUUGACCCUACAUUGUAAAGGGUAUCCCACACGUCCUGCUCACAUCUAGUUAUUCUGUUUGGAGCCAAUUACAAAGAAGCAGAUGGAGCAGAAUUAAGAUUAGAUAGAAUAUCUGGUGGUAUACUGCAAACUUUCUGACUGGCUGGCCAAAAUAGAUUUUUUUUUUCAUUAACUGGUCAAAUGAAUAAACAAAUCUGUGCUCAUUGUUCAGCUCAGCCAAGAUCUGACAAUUGUUAUUUAACUGGCCCAAACAAAUAUGCCAGUGGCUGUGUGUCAAGACCAGGCCAUUGCAGUUUUGCUACAUGCCUGUAGAUGGCGCAGUUGGAAAGUAUAUUUCAACUAAGAGUUCAAUUACUUGUGCGAAAAUUACAACAAAUAAAAAUAAACUGAAUAUCAAUACUCACCUUGUUAAGGAUAACUAAAGGGCAUUUCUUUCUAUUUUUGUAUGUUAUUCAUCCCUGUAUAAAUGAAAAAAAAAGAUGUGCCCUGUUUCCCAUCAAGUUAUUGGUGUUAAAUAAAGUCGAAUAGGAGUAAAGACAGCCCAGAGGCAGAGAACAGAGUGUUUUCGUGGGUGUGCAAAGGAUUAUGAUUUUAUGAGUUGGCACUAAACUCUCUAUCCACUUUACAAGCUAAAAUCAUAUCUGUAACACUAGUGGCCAAAUUUUCACCGGCACUGUACAUUGGAAGGGAGAGUAUUUAUCCCUAAGAAUGUGAAUUUGGUGCACUGUAUAGCAAUGCUCAGUUGCUCCAUACACCAAGACUAAUAGGAAUGUCAUUAAGCCCUUUAAACAAAUGAGUUAAUUGAAAGUAGUCUAGCAGUGUGUUGCCAAGGUUUCUGAUGAAGGUUUUUUUGUUUUGUUUUGAUUUGUUUUAGAAGGUUAUUUAUGCUGAUUAUUAAAAACCACACACAAAUAUAUUAUUUGGAAUGAGAAGCUAAAAUGAAAAUAACAUAAGCUGGUCCAAUGGAGAGAAUUUUGGCCACUAGCAACUAAUACUCUGGACAAGAGCUGGAGAUAUGAGUUAUACUUAUGGAGCUGGAUGUGUCGCAGUGAUGGGAUUUUCCACUAUUUUUUACCGUUCAGUAUUAAUUGUCAUGUUUACAAAGAUAAAAAAAAAGUCUAAUGCACUAGUUCAGCCAGCAGGCUGUUUAACCAAUGGAAGGUUCUGAAAACAGAAUAAAACACACCUCUCUUCUCAUCCCGCAGACAAGGACAGUAGAUUGUUUAUGGUAUAUUGCAGUCACAGAAGACUAAAUUUUUAUAUUAAUAAA